AUGCUGUCGAAUAGUCAAUAUUGUAAUACAAUACUGUCAUCUGAUUUUGAGGAUUUAUUUUCAUCAGUUGUUGAUUUUAUUUCUGAUGACGAAAAUAAAGAUGAUUUGAAUCUAAAUAAUGAUGUGAUCUUAAACGAAAUAGAUUCGUCAUAUGAGAAUGACCCAUAUCAAGUACAAAUAUUACCAACACAAGCUCUUACAUCUAAUAUGAUCUGUCGUGUUUGUGGUGGUCCAGCAAUUGGCUAUAAUUUCGAUCAAAUUACUUGUGAAUCAUGCAAAGCAUUUUUUCGUCGAAAUGCCUUACGAAAUAUGACUGAGGUAAAAUGUCGGUAUUCUGGUACAUGCGUUAUCAAUGUUAAAACACGUCGUCAAUGUACCUAUUGUCGAUUAAAAAAAUGUUUUGAUAUUAAAAUGCGUAAAGAUUGGAUUCGUACGGAAGAAGAAACAAAAAUAAGACAAUUACAAAAAUUAAUUAAAGAAGAAAUGAAAUUAAAUAAAGUAAAAUAUGAUUUACAACCAGUUAUGAAUCUUCCAUUAGUUGUACGAAAGAAAAAACGUCUAAUGUGGAAACAAGCGCCUCUUGUUAAUCCAAUAUUUAAUGGAAAAUAUUUUAGUUGUAAUCGAAAUUUAUGUUAUGAAGAUCAAACUUUAUUAAAUAAUAUUACUAAUGCUUAUCAUUCAGGAGCUGAUUAUGCUGAUUAUUCACAUAUUAAGACAUACACAAGAUUUACACCUUUUUCACAAUUUAUUAACGAUGAAAAUGUUGUAUAUAGUUCAUUAAUUUAUUAUUAUAAAGGCAUACCUGAAUUUAAGCAAUUAGAUAUCGAUGAUCAAGUUUUAUUAAUAAAAUCGAAUAUUGUUAAACUUAUACAUCUACAUUAUAUAGUAAUACAAAACUUUGAAGAUUUUCCUUGUAUUGGUGAACAUAUGUCAAAGUGGAUCAAUGCCGAUUUUCAUAAUCAAAUGUAUCGAACACGUUGUUAUUUUUAUCGUUUUAUGAAACACCCAUUAUUAUUAAAAUUAAUAUUAAUUGUUUUUAUGUUCAGUGUUAAUUUAUCAGCUCCAUGUAGUAUUAAUCAAUGUAGUGGAUAUAAAAAUAUAAAAAAAUUAUAUGAAUGUCAAAAUUAUUAUAUAAUGUUACUUUGGCGUUAUUUAAAUCAUUUAUUCGAAGAAAAAGAAGUGAUAAAAGCAAUGGAAAUAAUCGUGACACAAAUCCUACGUUAUCAAGUGUUAAUGCUUACUAUUGAAGAUCGUGUACGACAAACAUCAAAAUAUGAGAAACUGCAUUCGUUAAUGGAAUCUAUCUUUAGAAUGAUGACAGCAAUGUCGACUAUGAUACCAAAUAAUUUAAUUUGGACUAAUCUUUCGUCUGAUGAAUCGGUUGAUUAUAAUGAUUUAUUUUCAUCAUUUGAUCUUAUAGAUCCUGAUAAUUAUGAUCAACAAAUUAUAUCGAAUACUCAAUCAAUAUUAUCCUCCCCAUCUCACUUAGAAGAAUUACAAGUAUCAUCAACAGACAUGUCAGAAGCUGAAUGUUUUCAAUCUAAUUUAAUUUGUGGUGUUUGUGGUGCUCCAGCAAAUGGCUAUAAUUUUGACCAAAUCACUUGUGAAUCAUGCAAAGCUUUUUUUCGUCGAAAUGCCCUACGAAAUAUGGCUGAUUUAAAAUGUCGUUUUGCUAGUGCAUGUGUUAUCAAUAUUCAAACACGUCGUCAAUGUACCUAUUGUCGAUUAAAAAAAUGUUUUGAUAUUAAAAUGCGUAAAGAUUGGAUUCGUACGGAAGAAGAAACAAAACUAAGACAAUUACAAAAAUUAAUUAAAGAAGAAAGAAAAUACAAUAGAGUAAAACGUGAUUUACAACCAAUUUUAAAUCUUCCAAUAGUUGUACGAAAGAAAAAACGUCUAAUGAUGAAACAAGUAGUACCUGUUGUUAAUCCAAUAUUUAAUGGAAAAUAUUUUGGAUUUAAUCGAAAUUUAUGUGAUGAAGAUCAUAAUUUAUUAAACAAUAUUACGAAUGCUUAUCAAUUAUCGGCUGCUCCAGGUGAUGCAUUUCGUUUCAAUAAAUAUACAAGAUCUACACCUUUUUGGGAAUUUAUUGAUGGAGAAAGUACAAUACAUACUUCGUUAAUUGAAUUUUAUAAACGUAUACCUGAAUUUAAACAAAUAGAUCUCGAGGAUCAAGUUUUGUUGAUAAAAUCUAAUCUUAUUAAUAUUAUUCAUAUACAUGAUAUUUUCAUACAAAAUUUUAAUGAAAAUCCAAUAACAGGUAUAUUAAUAUCGAAUUGGAUCAGUGAAGACUUUCAUAAUCAAAUGUCUCGAACACGUCGACAUCUGUAUCGUUUUGUAGAAUAUCCCAUAAUAUUAAAACUUGCACUUAUUGUUUUCCUAUUCAGUAUUCAUAGAUGGGAAGAUUAUAAUAAUAAAAUGGCUGUACAAAAAACUUAUGACAUUUAUACUACAUUACUUUGGCGUUAUUUAAAUUAUUUAUUUGACGAAAGAGAAGCUAUAAAAUCGAUGGAAAUUCUUACUGCACAAAUUUUACAUUUUCAAAUAUUAAUGACUAUGAUGGAAAACAGAAUCAAUUGGUUUUAUGCAAUGAGUUCAACAUUUCGUCAUUGGAAAGAUCGAUUGCAAUGUUCAACUAAGCGAAAUAUAUGUCAAAGUCAUUUAUUAAUUGAUGAUGAAUUCAAAAACCUACGUCAUACAACUGAUUUAUUAUUAAAUGAUAAUAAUUUAUUAAAAGCUCGUAUCGAUAAAUUAGAUGAAAGAUAUCAACAAUGGAUAAAUGAUGAACAAAAUUUUUUAUUAAAACGUAUAGAAAAUCUUGAAAAUGAAAAUCAUCAAUUACUUGAAAUUUAUCUAACUUAUCAAAUACAAAAUGAAACAUGUAUACGAUCAAUAACGGAUUUAAUUAUGAAAAUACUCUUAACUCAACAGGAAUUGAGCAAAGAACGUACCGAACGAUAUAAUAAAAAUGAUGUGGCUCAGUGGAGGAAGAAACAACAGCAGGAUGAUAGUCGAUGUACUAAUAAUGAUCAAACCACAUGGCUUCAUCAACGAUUGAUGAAUGUUAGCGAACAAGAUCAGCAAACAACAAAUCAUUCAUUGGUAUUCAAUAAUCAAUCACCAACAGUGGCUACUGUUAAAUCUAAAUCUGAUAAAUCAUCAUCAUCAACAACUGGUUUAUCAAAUAGAAUAUAUUUUCUUAUGAAUAAAGAAAAAACAUUACAUGAGAAUCGUCGUUUACCAGGUAUUAAUAUAGUACCUAUUGAUGAUGUAAAUGCGUCUCCUCGUAAACAACAAUCAUCGGUAACGUUUAAUAAAAAUAUCUCAAGUCAACAACAAACACGUACUACUUAUCCUAACCAUGAAAGAUUAUCAACACAAACAACACAUCAUACAUCAUCUACUGGUAAAAACAUACCGAUAACAUCCAUAUCUAAACCAAGUCGAGUUCCAACAACUACAAUUCGUCCACAAACAACAAAUAUUCGACAACGUCCUUCUGCUCCUUCAACUAUAAAUCAAAAGACAGUUUCAUCAUCUUCCAUAACUAAUAAAUCAGUUCGACCUCGAUAUACAUUAGCGAAAUCAUCCGAAACACCACGAUCUGCUGGGACAAUAGCAACAACAACAACAACAACAACAAUAACAACAGCGCCAGUACGUCCUACAAAAAAAACAUUGAUUGUUAAUAAACCCAAUCUAACUGCCACAAAACCAACUACAAAUAGUAUUAAGACACGUAAACCAAUUGUCAAUCAACAAUCAGCACGCGUUUCUGAUCUUGAUGUAUUGAUGGCUGAACGACAAAAAACUACUACGACAUCUAAAAAAUCAACAAUUGUUACACCAUCACCUGUAGUUAAUAAUAUUCAACAAUCAUUAUUUCGUAAAGAUAAAAUAAAAGUAGUUCGACCUGUUCGUAGUCAAGAAUUAAAAUUAUUUUCUUGUCAUUUAACACCAAAAAUACCACCAACAGUACCAAAUGAAAUAAUAUAUCAAACAAAUGAAUCACUUUCAACUUUAACACCAUCAUCAUUUGAAUCAAUUGCUGAUAAUAAACCAAUAGAGAAAAAAGAAGAAUGUUCAGAUUCAUCUUCUAAUGUUAUAAGUAUCAACAGAGACUUUUCAGAAGAUAGUCUUAAUGAACAUUAUUAUAUUCAAAAACUACUCCAAAAAAAUGCAUCGAUUAAUUCAACAAAAAAGAAUGAUCAUAUACAAGAUCAAUCAUCAGAAAGUGACAUACCACUAAUAACUCCAAUAAAAACUGAAACAUCUGUCGAUUCAGCAUAUGGUAAUGGUUCAAUUGAACAAGAAAAUAAAGAAACCAAUACGAAAAAUGGAUAUUUUCUUUUAACAAAUGAUAAGUUAACUGUUCAAGAUAAUCAAUUGUUAUCAAAAGCAAAAUCAUCAUCACAUAAAUCUUUAGUACAUCGUUUAAUAUUUCCAGCACGGCUUGGUCGGAUGAUAUUUUAUCGACGAAUAUUAUCUGAUUCUGAUAUCUAUCAAAAAAUUUGUACAAAAGAUAACGAAAUUUAUCAUAAUGUCUAUCAUUUAGAUACAAUACGAGAUUAUUCAAUGGAAUUUUACAUGAUAACAACAUAUGCUUCAGACUCGCAAUUACGUGCUUGGGUUGAUAGUAAUGAUGAUGAAAUAGUUAAUAAUGUAUGUCAUAUGGAUGAAAAUCGAUUUCAAAUAGAUGAUUAUAAUUUUGAUUAUGAUGAAAAUCAAAUAGAAAAAAUGGAUAAUAGUGAUAGCCUAAUUGAAGAAGAAGAAGGAGAACUUGAUUGGUAUUCAGAACUUGAAAUAUUAAAUUUAUCAUCUAAUAAUCAACAAGAUAAACAAGAAAGUACAUCGAGUUGCUCAAGUAAACUUCAUGUUGAAGAAUUAUUACAUGCUGAAUUGUUUUCAUUAUCAAGUCCAACAACAACUACGUCAGUUGAAUCAUCCAGUUCAACCGGUUUAGGUUCAGCAUCAUGGACUAUACCAAAAGAUACAUCAGAUCCAUUUCAAUCAACCCCAAAUUCCUAUGAUAAUACCAAUCAAAGUAAUUCUAUACUUCGUGAAAUUCUCAAUCAUUCAUGGACAGAUCAUAUGCCAAUAUCAAGUGGUCUUUCUGAUGAAAGAAAUUUUGAACAAUAUGAAAAUGAUUCCACAUCAUCCAUAAUAACUGAUGAAUUUCAAUCGGAUUUUUAUUAUUUAUGUCCAGUUACGAAUACAACAAAUUUUUCAAAAACUGAUCCUAAAACAUUGUUUCAUGAUGUUUAA